AUAGGAGAAGAAGAAGGAGGAGACAGUCGAGGAGAAGGGCAGGGAGGUAGGGACAAUGCAGAACCAAGGGGUUCCGCAGUUACAGGGUUAUGGGAAUGGGGGACCUGGUGUUGGCGGUAAUCAGCAGGGCGUUGUAUCAUGUUACUUGUGCGGGAAAGUUGGGCAUUAUGCCCGGAACUGUUGGACCGCGGGAAACGGGAGACCUAUGGUAUCGAGACAGCGUGCUCAAUCGGAGGGGAUGGUGGAUGGCGAAACAAGGGAGAUGCGUGAGUACUUUCGUGAAAAGAUCACGAAGUGGAGAAUGGAUGAGGAGAGAAGGGAAAUGGAAGAAAAGGAAAGACGUCGGAGGGAGGAAGAGGAUCGCAAGGAGCAGGAACGGUUGAGGGAGGCGGAAGCAAAGGAGGCAAGACUAGAGGCAAGAUUGGUUAGAUUACUCGCUCAACACUCGAAAGGAGGUACGAAGCUAGAGAGCUCUGGGGUGAAGAAGAAAUCGUCGAAAACCAAGGCAAGGGUAUUACGGGAGAUAAGGAGUUAUCUGGACGAAUCCGACGAUGAGAGCGAAAAAGUAAAAGAGGAGGCGGGAAAACUUAUUGAAGCAAUCGGGAGGAGGAAAGGAAAGAAGAAGAUUAAUGAGAAAGAAGGGAGAGUGUUGAGUAUCCAAAGGAGAGGACACAAGGCGAACCCGAUAAGAAUUGAUGAAGAGGAAGAACGGACACCACCAUUGGUGAGGACAACAGAGGACGAAGAUAUGGCGAAUCCUGGAAUCCUGGACUUCGCGAUUGAACUGCACAGGCACUUAUCUGAGAAGAAGGUGCCGGAAUUACGGAAGCUGUGCAAUAGGGAGGGGAUUGAAUGGUCGAAGAAAGAUACGGUCAUCGGCGAGUUGGUAAAGUGCAAGGCGAAGUUGGCAUACGGGGAGUUUGUCGAAAAUGGCCGCAUAUCACCUUUGUUUGAAAGCGGAAUUGGGGAUCCGGGGGUAGUAGAGUCAUCGUUAAUAAAGAAGUACUCACCAUCUUUGAACACUCAUGGCAUGAGGAAGGAAGGGAGACGGGUGAGAAAGAGGCCGGGGAAGAGAGAAAGAGGGAGAAGGAAGGUGAAUGUGUUAGGAGGACGAUUGAUAAAGUUCAAUGGACGCGCAUCACUGAUUGAUCUACUCCAGGAGAUGAAGGGGAGAAUGGGUAUUCAACAGAUCUCGUCGACAGGAGGGUCGAUUUGGAUGGACAAGUGGAAGGUAAUUCGAGGGAAAGUAGGAGAGACUACUUUGGUGGUUGGGCAGGAAUUUAAGUCGAUCGAGGAAUGCAAGCAGGUAAUGGAAAAGGGUGGGAUGUUUCAGGUAAGGGCCAUCAGGUUUAUGUCGUCAGAAAUCGAGGAUCGGAAGUUUGUGCUCAGGGAUGUCCUGAGGCAGCGAUGGACGGUGCGCGAGCUGUAUAAGAAGAGCUUCAGGGAACUCGUCGCUUUAUACAGGACUGCAACACUGUUUUCGGAGAAAAAGAGCCGAAAUCAGAUCAAAUGCAUCCUAUAUAGGGUGGUGAAGGGUAAGUACGGAAGCGAGAUUAGAAGGAGACCAUGUGUGAAGGUGCCGUUUUCCCCGGAGCUGAAGUUGGGAGUCAUUAGACGAGUGGCAGCGCAGUUGAUUGUACGAGCUAUGGCAGACCCGGAUGUGGCCAAGUUCGUAGCAACGAGGGAAAGGGUCGUAGUGAGAAGGAGGCUUACCGUUGGGAGCAUAAUCCAUAAUCAGUGGAAAUGCGCAGAGAACGACGUGGCAUUAUGUACCUGCGAUGGGUUUCACCUUCCGAGAAGCGAAGGACACGUUAAGCUACGAGUAUGCGAUGUGAAGGACGUCCCGGAGUUUAUGCGUAAUUCGAAGAACGUGACAAGCGGGAGUGUUAUCUCUCCAGAGGUACUAGAGACAUGCAUAAGAGAAGGCGUGAAUGGGUGGGUGAGCGGAAGAGAUACCGAUGUGCCUUACGGGGAUAUCAGUGAGUGCUAUGGGAGAAGGAGUGACAUGGCGGAAAUGGCGAUGACAACGAAUGAGGUCAGAAUGUGUUUUAAGAGGUAUAGCGAUUUGGUAGCCGUUCCGAUCGAUCGGAAUCCAGGGGACACUUUGCUGGUAUGCCUUGUGUUGUAUUUGCAAGCCUGCAAGGAAACCUUUAACUGGAGUCAGAGUUUUCGAGUAGUACAUGAACCGGAGAAUCAGGCUAUAGCCAGGAUAAAGACGGGGUUCUUGGGCAAAGGAUUGAGCAAGGUGGCUAGGUGGCAAACCGGGGGAAAGAUUGGUCAAGCCUACGUUCUACCCAAAGAUUAGGAUUUGGGUAGAUGGCGACCGAUCUCUCCAAGUACUACUGAUCCAGCAAGACUAGCGGGAGCCAGAGUGGGGAGGGCUAUUAGGUAUAUGCUCUUCGGGAUUAGAAAGACAGAACAUUUUGACUUGAAGUCUAUGGAUGAGUUGAAGGUAAGAUGUGAGGAAAUCCAGCAGGAUCUGAGCAUGAGAGGGGACGAGAUUAUCGCGAGGAGUUAUGAUAUUAAUAACAUGUUCGCGCGACUAUCGCACGAAUGCAUUCUGGAAGCAGUCGAGUGGGUGACGAACUGGCAUGAGAGAACAGGAAUGAAAGGCGUGCGGGUUAGUCAGAGAGGGAAACUGUGUGCCAUGGUAAAGAGAAUUUUGAAGGAGGAAGGCUUCGUUACCCUUUCAUUUGAUGAGAUUAGGAAGGAGGUGGCAUUUGAGCUUUCCCAUUCGUAUGUUAGGUGUGCUGGUGUGAUAUUGUUGCAAAGAUUCAAUAUUCCCAUGGAUCGGAAUUCCAGUCCAACACUGGCAUGUUUGGUCUGCGCAGAAGCUGAAUCAAGAUUUUUAGAAUGA